AUGACCCAGGAGGCCGUCUCAGGUCCCUAUGUGGCGCACCAGGCACCGCUGGCGCCUCUGGCGCCGCUGCUCCCCAAGAUGGAGCGCACCAAGUUCAGCACUGUCAGCACCGGCGAGGCGUUGACGCCAGGCAUUGUCGCCUCCUCACCCUCCACCUCCACUAGCUCCGUGCGGGAGGGCCGGAUGGCCACGCCGCGAUGCCAGGCUUCACCCUCGCAGCUUCCGCCGGUGAAGACGCCCAAGGAGAAAAAGACGCGGCCGGCGCCGCUGACGGGGCUGCCUGGCUGUAGUCAGCGCGCCUCCAGCAAGGAUGCUGAGGAGGGCCGGCGCGCCUUUGACCUCGGCAGUGCUGUGACUCGAGGAAGUGCCCAUAGCGGGCGCCUGACCCCACGCGCAGAGCUGCCAGGCUCCCUCCAUUCGAACGGCACGCCCUCGCAUGGGCUUAGGUCUCACCACCUUCCCUUGCCCACGUCGGUGCCUGGCUCUAGCGGCGCCUUUACAUCGUCCAGCGUUGGCGACAUGCUGGAGGUGUCCGGACUUGAGGAGCUGGAACGCUUGGGCAAGCUUGGACAAGGCUGCAGUGGAGUAGUGGAGAAGCAUCGGCACCUGCCCACCGGCCGGGAGCUGGCCCUGAAGAUCCUGCAGGCCGCAGAUAUCGCGGAGCCACAGAGGAAGGCAAUCCUUCUCGAGCUGAGGACUUUCUCAAAGUGCAGAAGUCCACACAUUGUCGAUUUUUACGGUGCCUUCUUUCACGAGAACAACAUCUACAUGGCACUCGAGUACAUGAAUGCAGGGGCCUUGUCGGCAACUCUUGCCGCGAAGAAGAAGGCAAUCCCGGACUUUCACGUACCAGAUCGGCUCCUGGCGAACAUCACGUGGCAGGUUCUGGAUGGCCUGGAAUACUUGCACAGCGAGAUGCAUGUAAUACAUCGCGACAUCAAGCCGUCAAACUUGCUGCUGAGCACGACGGGCAUUGUCAAGAUCACUGACUUCGGCGUCUCCGGAGAGCUGGAGGACGACCUGGAGCAUAAGAACAAGGUCACAUUCGUUGGCACAAUUCACUACAUGUCACCCGAACGUGUAGUUGGAAAGCCCUACAAGUACAACUCUGACACGUGGAGCCUGGGCCUCACCCUCAUGGAGUGCGUGCUGAUGAGAUAUCCGUAUGCUCGUGAAGAGGAAGUUGGCUACAAGUUCUCCUUUUGGGAGCUCAUGCGCCGCAUAGAUAAGCAAGAGCCUCCCAGCUUGCCGCCGUGCCCGCAGUACAGCCCCAAGCUGCAGGAGUUCCUCCAGGAGGCCCUGCAGAAAGACCCGGAGCACCGGCCUGGCGCAGCGGCCAUGAAGGCGCAUGGGUGGCUGGAGGGCUUCCAAUCCGGGCACCUGGUGGAGCUGGCGAUGUGGAUCGCCCAGACGCCGGAGGAGGCGCCUCGCACCGGCCCGAGCAGGCCGCUUCGGCACGGGCCAAACCCCUUCCAGGGAGGAUACUCCAGCAGCGGGCCGUCCAAAGUGCCGGACCGAGAGAUGCCGCCGAGACUGCCAGAGGGGAGCCUAAGACCACCGCGAUGUCCUGCCAGCAGCGGAGGGCAUACGGCGGCCAGCUCACCCGAUGCUUCCGACACUCGGAGGAGCGACUCCUUGCCAGUGGACAUGCCAAAGAUGGACCAAUCCUGGCAUGGAGGCCGGUGUAACCCCUUCAGUGCCUUCCAGGCAGAGGUUGGUGCCUCACCUGAAGCAAGAUCGAGAACUUCUUCCAGAGGGGCCGAGGGAGAAUUUCUCAGCUGA